AUGAAGAAGACACCGAGCGCUGAAGAGACAGGAGAAUCCGUCGCGACGUUUGAAGCCGACGCGUCAGUCACGGAUCAUCGUAAUGGGCGUACAUCCUUACACACGGAACCGUUGUCGUCAAAGGCUAAACGUGAGCAGACACUACGCAACAUUCUCACUGCAAGAAGACGACAGAUUUUGAAUCAACGUUUGCAUGAGCCUCACCGGAUUCUUUCCAGUCGUAGGCCACGACCUGGCGACAUCGUUUCGAAGGAUCCUCAAGACGUCCUGGAAACCCAAGAGACUAGAAACGGCAUUUACGUUACAAGCGCUCGAACGGAGGUAUCGAUGAAAGAGGAAAUUCCUCAAUCGUCAAGGAAGCCGAUUGAAAAAAUUGUUUCUGUGAUCAAUCUCAACGCGACGGGAGAAGACUACCAAUCAAAAAUUGGGAGACGCAGAACCGAGAAGAACGAAAAUAUCUCUUCGACACCUUCUUCGAUCGCUUCAACGCCAGCUACCAAUCAAAAAUUGGGAGACGCAGAAAUGCGCAAGAAGAACACCGUAUCGAUGCCAGAGUCGUUGUACAAACACUUCCGGCCAGUGGAGAGUAAUAUUCCGGUGGAAGAUAUGUCGCAGUUUCUUUAUUUCGGCCAGAAGCUCCAGCCGGAUGCGCUGAACGUCACCAGCAGCAGUAAUAACUCCGUGGAGACGACAUCGACGAAUCCGACUUCCUCGCGCAGAAGAUAUUCCACAAAGAGAUUCACCGCAACGAUCGCGACGCCGAUGGAGGAGAUUAUGAACGAGGAGAUGAAUAUUGCGUUGGAAACAUUAGAACGCCGGACGGUUGAGAAGAAUCAAGUAUCGAGGAUUAAGAAUACGUUCAGAAGCUCAGGCAACGGGUUAUAUUACCGGAAGCCAAGGCCCACGGCGGACGUUGUGUCGAAUAUUAUUCCCGGGAACGAGUCGAGCCCUGGUAUCAUCGGUGGCUCGGAAACAAAGAGCGAGAUGAAUACGGUGGAUGACAAAUUCCACCGUAGCGACUCGUCCGCUCACGCAGACGGAAGCCGCGAUCGAGUCCCGCUAGAGAGAAAAAACGCGGCCCACGUUAGCGAGGUGAGCACGACGACCCAGAUACCGCGGCAAUCCGAUGUUGAGGCGAGGGUCAUCGUGGAGAGUGAAAUCGAUGCGAAACUCUCGAACGAAACGAUCACGGUCUCGUACGGGACCGCCGAAAGUCUUCAGAGGACCAAUGAUUUUGGGAAGGACAGCGAAAAGAAGAAAGUCACCGAGGCGGAGAUGGAAGCAGGGAACGCGGAGAAAUCGGAGCACAAGUUAACGGGUGUUGGGAGGGCAAUAUCAACAUCGCAGAGAGAGAGUGAGAGGUCUCGAGAGAGCGACAGCACCGAGACGACGUCGUUGGUACCAUCGCGGGCGGAAUCGUCGACUCUGCGGAUCGUCGUGCCGGACAACAGCUUCGGGCUGUCGAGUUUCGCGAUCGAGAGCGAGCGGAGCCAUCGGAAUACCGUUAAGCAGCAACCGGUCGUGGAUCCCAUCGCGGAUCGACCGGUUCGCGUGUCGGCCGGCGGCGACGUCGUCUCGAAAUCAUCGCCAUCAUUGACAUCGCCCUCGAAGACGGAGUCGUCCGCACCUGUCGUCGUCGUCGACUCGGAUCAACAGCCUGCUGGCGCGACCGUCGAGCCAGCCGCAGCUGCUGGUGCGUUGCCCGGUGUAGUUGACAGUCUGGUGGGGGAACGAUCGAGCAAAACUGUUCCGCAACAACAACGAGGCGCAGCCGGCCAGCGAGCGGCAGUUACCUGGCCCUCGGUGCAUUCAGCCGCGAAUAACGAUAGCGUUGUCUCGUCGACGUCCAGAUCCACCAAGUCGCCGGAGAUUGCAAACAGAGGCACGGUUAGGUGGAACCACACUAAGUCGCGAACCAGCGAGCAGGAGGGUGCUAAUGAUCGGAGAUUCUUAAGGAAGAGCGCUAGCGCAGUGCUAAAUCAAAGAUCAACUGUAAGCGAAGAAUCUUCGACUCUGGUGACAAGCAAGCGUCGCAGAGUGUUGGCCUCUUCGAGCGGGGUGUCUCCUUUGAACGGUACCAGGAGACUGAAGUCCGGUGAGGAGAAGAUCGAUAGUGCUACGGAUAAGUUAGUGGUGAACGAUCGAUCGUCGAAUGGGACACGGGUUGCGAAUCGCGGAAAAAUUUCGGACGAUGAAGUGCCAGGUGUUGAUUCUCUUCGGGAAGUUACGCGUGCCAGCGGGGUGAACGAAGUGCCGGGUGACAAUAGUUCUCAAGAAACCACCGUCAUGGGGAUCUUAAAUCGAAAUUCGAGUGCAGCCGACGAGAUGUUAGACGCGACCGAUCCGUCUGUUCUCGUCGAUGCGAUCACGACGACGGAGCUGGAAAAGUCUCACGUUCUUGAGGAAGAUAUCGUUAUUGCCAAGUCAAGUUUAAAUGAAAGCGAUAUCAGGAGCAACGAUCAGAAAGACGAUCAGGGUAUCGCGAUGCUGAACAAGACCGAGAGCAACGUGAACGUAACGAUAGACGGGAUCGGCGAGACGACCGUGACAGUGAUCGAGCAAGUGGAUGAAGCUGUCGCGAUUACGACGACGACGACAACAACGACAACGACGACAAUGUCGACAGUGCCGGCCGCUCCGGUUUUCCCGGUCACGCCUAGAAUACUGUCGGAAUUGGAGAGAACCACUACCGAUCCGGAGACUAACAACACCUUCAGACCGACGGACGUCGCGAAGGAAAACAAUCUGGACCCUUCUGAGAUCCAGAAGAGGUACCGAGCAAAAGAUGCGACGACGACAUCAACAACGACGACGACAACGAUUUCGCCAAUUCAGAAUGACGUCCAUGUAAACGAAACUUCGAGCAGAAGGUCGAAGGUCCUGCCUACCUCGUCGCCGCCCACGGUAACGGAGAAUGGGAAACGCGUGUCUGGCGAGAGAUCGCCGGAAGUCAGGGCGCGUAAUUUAUCAGACAAGUCAAAAGACAAGGACGACGUGCUACCGAUCAUGCAUCUGUAUAACACGUCGGAUAUCUUCAACAGCAGCGGGUCGAUGGACGGGUUCGCUCGCGAUACGGAACGGGUGGUGCUUCCGGUGGAUUCCGAGCCACAGAACGAUCCCGCAUUGACGACGAUGAUCAUGGGAACGAUGACGACGAUGACAACGUCGACGACGACAACGGAGAAGAAUCUCGAGUUGGCGACGACAGUCGAUAACGCGACGGAAAUUAGUGGAAGUACAUCGACCACCGUUCCCGUUCCAAAGUCUAAGGAACCUACCGUUUCAACAAACUUCCGAAAGGACAAACACGAGGAGAAUCGCGAGUCCCAGGAUUCUGCUGUUCCUCCAGGGUCCAAAGGUUCCUCUUUCGUAACCACGACCAACAGGACGAGGUACAGGCCUGCCUAUCAUCAUUCGAUCCUGCCGGAAUACAACGGCACGAUGUAUCAUCCCGGCGGGCUCAACAGGACGUUCUUCGAGACCGGCGAACCGAUCUCGGUGAGCCCGCGGGAAUCGUUGAACAUCAGUGAGGUGAUAUUGAAGCGGCACGACGGCGACGUGAUCGCCACUCAGGAGACGGUUGCUGUGGUUGGCUACAUCCUGGCUACUCUCGUCGUCUUUCCCAUCGCCGUCGGCGUCGGGCUCAUUCUCAGAAGACUGAUACUUAGGAAUCGUAAGGUGCUCGAGGAGUCGGACACGUCAUCGGAGAUAAGCUGCAGGAAGGACGCUCUUAAUCUCGAAAACGGCGACUUCAAGACGUCCAUCGAGAAGGCGAUCACGAAACUACCGAGGAUACAGCACUUGUGUCACGAAGCUGAGAAACCGCCGCCUCCGCCAUCUCAAGAAUCCAGAUGGGAGUUUCCUAGAGAUAAGCUUAGAUUACAGACAGUCCUCGGGCAAGGAAACUUCGGCCAGGUGUGGAAGGCCGAAGCCGACGAUUUGACAGGUCAUCAAGGCACGACUCGAUUAGUAGCAGUGAAAACCGUUAAAGAAGGCGCUUCUGAUCGAGAGAAGGAAGACUUAGAUCGAGAACUCGAAAUCAUGAAGCAAUUAGGCAGUCAUCCAAACGUCGUAACACUUUUAGGAUGCUGCACCGAAGAAGAGCCUCAUUAUCUCAUACUGGAGUACGUCAUGUACGGCAAACUGCUUGCGUACCUGCGUGAUCACCGUACCAGGCAGUACUUUUACAACUUCAGCGAGGAUUCAGCAGCCUUGACAUCCAGGGAUCUCACGGUUUUUGGUUAUUGCGUAGCCAGAGGCAUGGAAUAUCUUGCGUCAAAAAAGAUCAUCCACCGUGACCUCGCCGCCAGAAACGUUCUCGUGGAUCACAACAAGCUGUGCAAAAUCGCUGACUUCGGCAUGUCGAGGUUCGCCAAUGAGGAUGGUGAGGUGAUCGAGACCAGACACGGUAGAAACGCCUUACCCAUCCGAUGGAUGGCCCCCGAAUCGUUGAUCUACUCCCUGUUCACGACGAAGACCGACGUCUGGAGCUUUGGGAUUCUGAUGUGGGAGAUCGUCACUUUAGGUUCAACACCGUACCCGGAUAUGACGGCGCGGGAAGUCAUGCGGAACGUGCACAACGGUUAUCGGCUGGAGAGGCCUUCGCACUGCCGAAGCGAGCUCUUCAGGGUGAUAUCCCGAUGCUGGCACGCCGAUCCCGACCGCAGGCCGGAGUUCCAGAUCCUACGCAGGGAUCUCGCCCAACUGCUGGAGGACAACAUGAACGGGCACUAUGUGGAUCUCGAGAGCUUCGCUUCCGAGUGUACCGACUGA